GAAUCCAUCGAUUUGUCAUCGUAUUGUCAUUUGUUUUGUGAGAGUGGUAUUUUUCCGUGCAGAUUUUCUCACUUUUUACCCAAAAUUUUGGUGUUUUCCACCCCAAAAGUUGUGAAAAUAUACCUCCCAGUGUGGGGACAGUGAGUGAUGAUGCAGGACAAAAAAGAAUUGGAGAAGUUUAUUAAGGGUUUCUUGAUGAAAUGCCCACAAAUUAUCGUUCAGUCUCGCCUUGGAGAGAAAAUUCAGACUCAUGGAAAGUUGCAGUCAUCAAAUAGCGAUUGGUUUAACAUAUCCAUUGAGGACUAUCAGGAUGUGGCAGAAGAGACAAAGAGAGCCUUGAAUUUAGUCUCCGGAGAAUCCAUUCUUAGUCGCUUGCCGCUAUGCGUGGAGAUUUCUCUGAAGACAAUUGAGGGGGACUCAAUGGUUCUUGAGGUGUGGUACUUGGGACUGGCACAAGAUCGAUGUGAUCCAACUCAGAGAGCAUCGUAUACAGUUUACAAUCGUAUGGCCAUCCUCCUAAAGUCACUAAUUUCAAUCACACGCUCAACGCCAGCUUACAAACUGUCAAGGAGACAGAGUACUGACUCCUAUCAAAUACUCUACAGAGUUUAUGUUGGAGAUCCGGAUACCAAUUCCCUAGGAGACGGACAUAAGCAACUGAGGGUGGGACAAUUGUGCACAACUAUUGGAAUGCUGAGCAUGGAAGUGGCCUAUCGCACCAAAAUGACCAUCUCACCCACGCAAACGGGCAGGGAUAAUACAAUUAUGCUGAAAAGUGAUCAUUUUCUCAAGGAUAUCAGUCCCAAGCACAUCAGAUACCAUCACAGCAAUAGAAAAACAUGUGAGAAGAAAGUGGUGGAUUUGGACAAACCCAUGCGGAUUGGCGCUUUUGUAGAUCCAAGUCGAACAAAACAGUACACUGAGGAAGAUUAUAUUCUUCCGGAGACGCCACCCUUUAGUUGGUUACUGAGGAAAACGAAGGAAGAGACUGAGAGUAGUGAGGAAAAGAGUACACAGGGAGGAGGAGGAGUUGGUGGUGCUUCAAAAGCCCCCAGCAAUCCUGAAGAUUCCACCACCUGCAAUAACAACAACAAUGCCACGAGGAAUCUCGAGGUUGGUGUUGAGGAGAGCAAAGAGAAGGAUAUCAAUGGCUCAUCGCCAAGUUCACAGGAAUUCACCAGAAAACCAUCUUCGAGAUGGUCAACAUCGAGAGUUGUUCCUCCGGAAGAUGAGAAAUUGCUCAAAGAGUUGCAUUUUCCCUUUGCAACAACAAACACCCCCAUCAGUGACCUCGCGAAAUUCUAUCGCGAUUGCUUCAAUGCACCUCCCUUGCAGGGCUUCUCAGAUUCUCCCCUCGAUGAUGAGAUCGAAGUGGAGGAUCUGACGAAACAACUGGAGCAGUUUGAGACAUCAUUGGGGGACUUUGACUCCCUGGUUACGUCACUAUGUUGCCAAUCGGUCGACGACAACUCCAACAGCUAAGGAGGGAUUAGAAUUGAGCUGGUCACGGCGACGGUGGUGGUCUUGGGCAGGUACAUUAUAUUAUUUGUUAAUUUUCUAACAAAUCAAGUGCCCAAAAUAGUCCCUUUGGAUAUGAGUCUUCUUCUCUGAAGCCACUUUUUCUUGUCUUAUAUUUUGUAAAAAGAAACCAAUUUUCUUUUUUUUUUUCUACUCAAAUUAUUUGUAUUUGUCAAAAGAAUUAUUUUGUGCUUAUUUUUUUUAUUAAGGGUAUUCUCUGUUCCUUUUGUAAGUAGACAAAUGAUUAAAAAAAACAAUAUUCCUUCUGGAAGAAAGUUAUCCGAUUGCUUUAAGAUGAAAGUGGGAUGGCCAUUUAGUUUUUUCUUUUUUUUUAUUAGUGUGUAAUAUUAUGUAAAUGUAUUUCAUACGACAUAUAAUUUAUAUCUUAUUCUAAAUUCAUAAUCAUUUAUUUUUUCGGCCAAAAGUUUGUGGCAUUCAUUUACAGUUGUGUUACCUUUUAAGAAUUUAUCUCCCAUGCAAAAAAAACGACUCAGUUUUUUUCCCCAAUUCUGUAGAUAAUUUAAGGCGCAAGAGAAAGUUUUAUGGAGAUUGGACUUUCAAAUGCCAAAAAAAAAAGAAGUUUCUGUACAAAAAAAAGUGAAUAAUGUUUUCCAGUUAAAUAUUUUUUAUGAUAUAAAAACAUAUUUCUGCAUUUCUCCACUGAAAGAAUUUUUUUUUAGCAUAUUUGCUGCAAAAGUGCUGAAAGAGAAAGCUUUUUUCUCUUAUUUUUUUUUAGAAAAAAAUAUAAAGAUACUUUUAGGGAGAUUUUAAGGAAAAAGUGUUCUUACUACGAAAAGAAGAAAAAUAUGAAUUUUUCUCAUGAAUAUGAGGGAAAAUGAUUUAUAUAAUGAAAUAAUCACUUAAAAUGAAAAUAAAUUAUAGAAAAAGAAUACGCUAGACAGCUUCUGUAAAACCUCUAAAAAUAAAAAUCUUUCUACUCAAGAAAUAUCCCAAAAUCUAAUUUUGACUGCAAUCUAAAAAAAAAUAAAUAAAGAAAUAAAAUUGAUAAGAGGAAAAAGUAUCAAUCAUAAAAUAGCUUCUAGAGAUAAUCAAGAAACAAAGCUCCCCUUUUCUAACAUUUCGAUAUACAAAAAAAAAUAACUUUUUCUUUCCUAAAAUAAAUAAUUCAUUAAAUAAUGAAAAUCAUAACGAAACUCAUGUGACAAAGUUUAAUCACAAGAAAAAAAAGCCAGUGUUUUUUGAUACAAAGAAAUUGUUAAUCUAUUGAUAUAAUAAAGAAUAAAAAUAAAAUUAAUAAAGUAACCAAAAAUAAGGAUGAGAUUAAAAAAAAAUUAUAAAUAUUUGUUGAAUUUCUUGUAUAGCAAAAAUUGUUUUGUUUGGCAAAAAAAAAGAAAA